CCUCUCCGACUUGUUUCCUGGCGCCCGGCCAAGACGGAAGUGGCCCAAGAUGGUGGCGGCCGUUAUUCCCCUCCGUGCCUCCUCAGCGAGGCCAGCCUGGGUAGCGGUGGCGUCGCUGCUGCUGCUGCUGCUGCUGCUGCUGCUAGGGCCGGGACCCGCGUUGGCCGGGCGGAAUCAAGUCAAAGUGCUGACUGACGGCGCAUGGCAGGAACUGCUGCAGGGCGAGUGGAUGGUGGAAUUCUAUGCUCCUUGGUGUCCUGCCUGUCAGAAUUUACAGCCAGAAUGGGAAAGCUUUGCCGAAUGGGGAGAGGAUCUUGAAGUGAACAUUGCCAAAGUGGAUGUAACAGAGCAGCCAGGGCUAAGUGGAAGGUUUAUCAUAACAGCACUUCCCACCAUUUACCAUUGUAAAGAUGGAGAAUUUAGACGGUACCAAGGUCCCCGAACAAAAAGCGACUUUAUCAAUUUCAUCAGUGAGCAAGAAUGGAAGUCUGUUGAGCCUGUUUCUUCAUGGCUUGGACCAUCUUCAUUUCUGAUGAGCAGCAUGUCUGCCCUGUUUCAGCUUUCCAUGUGGAUUAGGCACUGUCACAAUUACUUCACAGAAAAUCUUGGCAUACCAAACUGGGGAUCCUAUGCAAUUUUUGCAUUUGUAACUUUGUUUUUGGGGUUGCUGUUAGGGCUUAUCAUGGUGUUUCUGGCAGAUUGUAUGUGUCCCUCCAAAAAGCAAAGGCCACAGCAGCACCCUCAUCAGAAAAAGCUGCUGGAAUCUUCUCAGCAGUUGAAAAAAAAAAGUGAAGGACUUGAUGGAGUCAAUCUUGAUGGUGGAAUGGACCACGGAGAGCCACGGCAUCCUGCUCCUUCCGCGAACCCAGUGAGACAGCGUGCCACGAAACUAGCUUCUGAAGCAGAACAGUCAUAGCUCUUGCCAGCAGGCUCAUCUUCUGGAGUUCCUGAGUGGAUACCCGAUGUUCGAAUACGCAGGUGGGCAGGGGAGGUGGGGGAAGUCCUCCUCUUCCACCUCCCAAGAGAACUGAGAAUCAUUUUGAGGAGGCGAAAAACUGUUUCUGAAUCUUUCAGUGCGACAAGUUUAAUGUGUGGUGACAGAAAUGCUUUACGUGUCUCCCUGGGACAGGUCUGGGAGGUGCAAAGGGUUAAUUUGCCUAUGGCAUGGUAAACUCCAGAAUUUGGAUGAGUUCACAGUAACCAGUCUGCAGUGCUAGACAGCACUGGUCCCAAAACCAGAUGGUCCUUUUUGAUGAAGCCUUUCUCUCCAUGUAGAAGUAAUCUAGGAGGAAAAAGCUUUCUUCUAUACUUGUUUGGAUCCAACUCAAGGGGCUACUUCUGCAGUUGGCUUGCUUUUACAGGUGCAAUUUUUUUUUUU